AUGGCAAACAAUGCCAGUCCCGGCGCGAGCGCUACAUACGCACCUCCGCCGGUAAAGACAGUAUCUAAAUCCUCCAAAACAACCUUCCACUUCGGAGCCGGCCUUCUCUCAGGUCUCACAUCCUCCAUCCUCCUCCAACCCGCCGACCUACUCAAAACCCGCGUCCAGCAAUCCGCCCAUCCCUCCUCCCUUCUCUCAACCGUAAAAACAAUACUCUCCUCUCCAAACCCGGUCCGGAACCUAUGGCGCGGAACCCUCCCCUCCGCCCUCCGCACGGGCUUCGGCUCCGCGCUGUACUUUACCUCUCUCAACGCGUUACGAACGAGCCUUGCUUCAGCGGCUCUCAAUCCAAACUUAAAUAAGGGCGCAGGGGGCGGGUCAUCAUCCGCCCUCCCGAAACUCUCGCACACCGCAAACCUCACCACCGGAGCCGCGGCGCGGGUCGCCGCGGGCUUCGUCAUGAUGCCCGUUACAGUCCUCAAAGUCCGCUACGAGUCGGACUACUACGCCUACCGCAGUCUGUACAGCGCUGGUCGGGAUAUCGUGCGCACAGAGGGCGUACGCGGUCUCUUCUCGGGGUUCGGCGCAACAGCGGCCCGGGAUGCACCAUAUGCGGGUCUCUACGUGCUCUUCUACGAGCAGUUAAAGCGGAAUCUAGCCGCUACUACAUCGGAUACCUCGUCCUCCUCCUCAUCUAUAAACUUCAUCUCGGGUGGUCUGGCCGCCGGUCUGGCCACGGCCAUCACGAACCCGUUCGAUGCCGUCAAGACGCGCCUGCAGCUCAUGCCGGCGAAGUACGGGAACAUGCUGCGUGCUGUACGGCUAAUGGUGCGGGAGGACGGAGUGCGCAGUUUGUUUGGCGGGUUAGGGCUCCGGAUCGGACGGAAGGCACUGAGUUCGGCGCUUGCGUGGACGGUGUAUGAGGAGUUGAUUCUGAGGGCGGAGACGAAGUGGGCGAAGGAUGAGGCGGAAGCGAGACUGUAA